AUAAACUAUUUAUUAUUACUCAAUCGUUGAUAUUUUUUUCAUCGCUAAUAAAAACUCGAAAUGCCGACGCCACUGGAGACGGACGGCUGGGCGUCGCAACGCACAGGCGUCUCUCCAGCGCACUCCCGUAACCCAGAUUCGAUUUUGCCAGUUCUCAUUCGAAGGUGUCCAAGGGAAAACAGAUCGUUGCAGGUGGGGAAAAGUCAACAAAAGAUAUCGUUUGCAGAUAAGGACAAUAUCGGAGAUGGAUACCGGGGAGACGCUGUUUUAAUUUCGUAUUUCUCUAACAUUGAAUGGUGCAAGUGCAACAACACCUGUCGAAAUGUAAAUUAAACCACAGGGACGAAACCUCACAAAACAUGGCCAAAUGCUCCUUAUUACCAGAUUUAAAUUUUGGCUCUUGGCUAGUCUCUUGUUAUGCUAUAUAGUGGGUGUGGUGAUUUUGUCGGCGGUAUCUUUACAUGGGUUCAAGAAAGCGAACUACGAACAAGGAAUAAAACCAAGUAUCCCGGACAGAGCUGUUAGCCAUCAACGAGUUCAGCCGGGUAGAGAUUCAAAAUAUAAUUUCGACUAUAGUGCGGGCGCGUUUCGUCCAGUUCUCAAAAAAUCCAAAAUCCAAUGGUGCUCCGAACUACAGUACAUGCACCCCGAUGAAGAUUUAGAGUUAGAUAAGAAACCAGUUGCCUUGGUUAGUUUUCCUGGCAGUGGAAACACAUGGCUGCGGUAUUUACUACAACAAGCUACAGGUUACUAUACUGGGUCAGUCUACAAAGAUUAUGGAUUGUUAAAAAAUGGCUUUCCAGCUGAAAGUAUAACCAACAAUUCAGUGUUAGUGGUGAAAACUCACGAAUGGGGUACUAAUGCUAGGAACAUGUUCUCUAAGGCCAUCCUAUUGGUCCGCUCGCCGGAAAAGGCUAUCCAUGCCGAAUUUAACAGACAAAGUGGCGGCCAUAUUGGAUUUGCUUCUCCAGACAGAUACAGGAGGACCAACGGAAAAUAUUGGCAGCAGUUCGUUUACGACAAACUUCACGGUUGGCAACAGCUGAACAUGGACUGGCUGUACAAUUUUACUGGAUCAACUCACGUAAUUUUUUACGAGCAACUGGUGGACAAGACGGAACACACGCUCAAGUCUGUGAUAAAUUUUUUGGGCGUGUUUGUACCUGCCAAAAAGUUCAGUUGUGCCAUUGAGAGAAAGGAGGGCAUUUAUAGGAGAAAGAGACGGAUUUUGAAUUUUGACCCUUUCACAACUGAAAUGCGUGCCCAAAUUAAAAGUGUCCAGGAAAAGGUUUAUGACGCCAUCUAUAAAACAGCGGCACCAGAAAAGCGUAAAAGAUGAUAAAAUUUAGUUAAAUAACUUAUUCUAGUCUCUUAUAUUAUCACAUUUUUUGAUGUGAAAUAGUAUUUUAUUUUAUUUAUACCUUGUUAAUUUUAGUGUUUUAUUUCCUUUAUACAUUGUCAUUUUUUUAAGUGUUAUUAUAUUUUUAUUUUUAUUAUAAAUAAUAUUGUUUCAUUUAGAUUGUUAUUUGUUAAAAUAAAAUAUUUGUUUGUUGCACGUUUUAAGAACAAUAUGUUACUGUUUGAAUGUUAAAUGUAGGUAGUUGUAUUGUUGUAAAUAUAACUGGAUAUUUUGUACUGUUUAGGUAAUUUAAUAAUUUAAGUAUAAAAUAAUAUUAAGAAAUCUACAUCAAAACUGACAAAUCGACCUUCCUAUACUUUCUAUGGGAAUCUAGUCAACUUUUGUCUAUUUAAAUCCGUUAAAUACAGGGUGAUUGUUUUUAUAUAGACUUUUUAUCAAGGUUUUAUCAUAUUAGUGACAGAAUAUUGUUUAUCCAAUUAUAACAAUAUAGCUGGUUGUGCAAACGUACCUCUAGUGUAAGUUUAACAUAUAGAAGACAUAAGUUGGUUUAAAAUUUUUUAUUAUUUAAGUAUAGAAAUCUUUUUAUUUUAGGAUACAGCAUACAAAAAUUGACAAAAUGAAUUUAUUAAUAUUUUACUUCAUAUAUAGAAGGGAGUAUACAAGGAAAUUUCAAAAGUAUGAAGAAAAGUUUUUGUUAAUUUUUGAAUUUAAUAAUAGUAAACUAAAUUAUGUUUUGUUUCUGUUAAUAAUAGAUGUAUGCAAUGCGUUAGUCUACUUGACUAAUUUAUUUAAAAUUGCCAGAAUGUAAAAGCUUUUACAAAAUACAAUAAUUUCUAACAAGUUUAAAUAAUCUUUUUUCCAUUUGUGUCAAAAUCUUUUGGACUUUGUGCUCCUUAAAUUACUUAAAUGACUUUUGUUAGGCAUAAUGUUAUUUAGUUCUUAAAUACCUAAAAAAAUUUGUUUGUGAUCUUUAUUUCGUAUAAUAAGAUGAAAAUGUUUAGCAUAAGAUAGAGAUAGGUAGAUAAAUAUAAGGUUAAAUUAUCAAACAUAAAUAUAUGUAUUACGGACAAUAAGUGUGUUUAGGUCAAUUUCUUAUUAUUUUUAGCAACGUACUGUAUAUGGCCUAAUGCUCUUACUUUUGUAUAAUAAAUAAUUGUACUUAAAUUCAA